ACGGAAGUGCCUGGGUGGGAAGGAGCGAGCCGCGCACUUACAGUCAGGGGACUUGGCCUGGGCGCUGACGGCCUCAGGGAUCCCAGAGUCGCUGUGUUCCUGGGCGAAGCUCGGUCGCUGUCCUCGCCCGGGCUUAGAGCGUUUCCAGGUGAGGAAACCGACACAGUUACCAGCAAAUUGCGGAUUCGUGCCGCCUGCCGCCAAGCCAGUACUGAGGCAGGAGGAGCACACAUCUCUGGAGGGCCUGCAUCCAAUCUGCUGCCAACUCUUCAGAAUGUCCACCCUCCCUCAGAAGGAAUCCAGGGCAUCUACUGCCUGUCCAGGCCCAGCCUCCACACAGGACCUGGGAAGUAGCUGUGACAAUGGUCCAGAAAGAGAAUGCUCCAGAAAACCAGACCAGAAGCUCUAUGCAGUGGGCGAUGCCAGUGCCAUAUUCUCCUCUGGCAGCUCCUACCUGUCCUCUCGAGGCAGUAUCAUUAAGUGGUUCUGGGACUCAGCCCAGGAGGGCUACAGGACCUACCACAUGGAUAAGUAUGAUGAGGACAAGAAUCCCAGUGGCAUCAUUAACUUGGGUACCAGUGAGAAUAAACUCUGCUUUGACCUGCUGUCCAGGCGGCUGAGUCAGAGUGACAUGCUGCAGAUAGAGCCGUCCUUGCUGCAGUAUGCUGACUGGAGGGGGCACCAGUUCCUCCGGGAGGAAUUGGCCAAGUUCCUAUCUUUUUACUGCAAGAGCCCGGCACCCCUCAAACCAGAGAACGUGGUUGUUCUGAAUGGCUCCACCUCCCUCUUCUCUGCCCUGGCCACAGUCCUGUGUGAGGCAGGGGAGGCUUUCCUGAUCCCUACCCCUUACUAUGGAGCCAUCACAGAGCACGUCUAUGUCUAUGGCAAAGUCCGACUGGUCUAUGUCUAUCUGGACAGUAAGGUCACCGGGCCAGACACACGCCCCUUCCAGCUCACAGUGGAGAAACUGGAAAUAGCCCUGCAAGGAGCUCAUUCUGAGGGUGUGAAGGUCAAAGGCCUCAUCCUUAUCAACCCCCAGAACCCUCUGGGUGACAUCUACUCACCAGGAGAGCUUCAAGAGUACCUGGAAUUUGCCAAGAGGCACAAGCUGCACGUGGUUAUGGACGAGGUCUACAUGCUGUCUGUGUUUGAGGAGUCGGCUGCCUACAGCAGUGUCCUGGGCCUAGAAAGGCUGCCGGACCCCCAGAGGACCCACGUGAUGUGGAGCACCAGCAAGGACUUCGGGAUGUCUGGGGUCCGCUUUGGCACGCUGUACACAGAAAACCAGGAUGUGGCCGUUGCUGUGGCUACCCUCUGCUGCUACCACGGCCUCAGUGGCUUGGUCCAGUACCAGCUGGCACAGCUGCUCCGGGACCAUGACUGGAUCAACCAAGUGUACCUGCCGGAAAACCAUGCCCGGCUCAAGGCUGCCCACACGUAUGUCUCCAAGGAGCUCAGGGCCCUGAGGAUCCCCUUCCUGAAUCGUGGGGCAGGCUUCUUCAUCUGGGCUGACCUGAGAAAGUACCUGUCCAAGGGCACCUUUGAGGAGGAAAUGCUGCUCUGGCGCCGCUUUUUGGACAACAAGGUGCUGCUGUCCUCCGGCAAGGCCUUUGAGUGUAUAGAGCCUGGCUGGUUUCGCUUCAUCUUCGCAGACAACGCCCACCAGCUUCGCCUGGGAAUGCAGAGGGUCCGGCAGGUGCUCGAGGGCAAAUCCCAGGUGGCAGAAGACCCCCCUUCCUCUCAGACCCAGGAGCCCAGCAGCCAGCCCCGGUGAACUGGUUGUGGACUUGUGGCCGGAGGGCCUGGCCGCCACUACUGGCCUAGGCAUCCAAGGCUGUGGGAGGCUGAUUGUGGAAGAGCCAUUUGACAGGAGGAUGCCUGACUUAGCCUGACUCCUGAAGAGGAAGAGCUGUUUCUGGCCUCUUUCUGUGGCUGUGUGAGACUCCUUAAGCUGUGUUUGAACCCCCCCCCCAUUAAACCCUACAGGGGGGACCUAGAAGCCUCUGUUGUGAGUAAUCUGCAGAACAGAGGAGUCGUGACUGCUCCUAACUAACCACAGCCCUCGGCCCCCUGAGGAUGUGAAAGGGAAAUAAACAACCUGUACCUGCUUUUUGAUAGCUCCUUCAUCCCUCAUUCUUUAUUGCCAAGGAAACCAGCUGAAGGAAGAGCACAUACAAGAGAGAAUAUGCCUAAAAAAUAAAAAGGAGUGAUAAUUUUUAGGCUCCAAGGGGAAUGGAUUUAAUUCUGUGUGUUCAGACUGUCCUCCCCGGACCUAGGACACAGGGCCCCAGAGCACACAGGAACCUGUGUGGCCUCGGUCCAGGAUGAAGCGAACAGAACCCAGGUGGGAGUCAGGAGCCCCUCCAUCUUCCCCCUGUUCCUGGAAAGAAGCCAUCUUCACUGGUGUCCCCAAAGCAGAGUGACCUCACAAAGACUUGAGGGGAGAGUCUGGGCCAGGAACCCUGAUCUGAGGCUGCUGAGUGGCCAAGCUGCCCAAAGCUGGCCUUCUCACCCUAAGACUACAAAGGAAGGGCCGCCGACCCCAUCUCCAAGGGUGCUUUGGCUCAGAGCCCAAAUGAAAGCUCUGUGACACAAACUUAGAGCUGUGUGUGAGGACUCUUCUUAGGUACUAACACUCCUGCUUGGAAAACUCUUUCUCUCCUUGUUCCACCUUUAAAGAUAAUGUCAGUGAAAUCAGUGUUUCUGUACUGUAGAUCUUGCCAUUUUGGCUUAGGAUUGGUUCCUUCCUGCUUUCAUUCAUUCAUUCAUACUCUCUCCCUCUCUUUUACUGGACACCAUCUACACACCAGACAGUAUGCUGGGUAAUUCACAUGCAUGAUUUCUAACUCCACAGUAAUCCUGGGGGGCUGCCAUUAUUAUCCCUGCUUUGCAAACGAGGAAACUGAGUCUCAGAGAGAUUGGACGAUAUUCUAAAGGUCAUAUAAAUAAAAAGGAGCAGAUUCAAAGUG